AUGGCCAUGUCAAAAACAUCCGACGCCGAGUCAACAGACGAUUGUUCACGUUCGACCACACCCAACUCUACAUCAACAUAUCAAUACUCACAUGAACCUUUUGAGACCUUCCGCGAAAAGGUCACAGAUUUGGCACACCAGAUUGGCACAAAAUCUAUUAACAACAUUGUACGUCUACCGGGAGGGAGUUUUAACAGGAUAAUUGCGGCGGACCUGCACCACCACGAUCCAGCAUCUGCAGUGCAAAAGGUCGUGUUACGAAUUCCACGCUUUGCAGCGGACGGAGACUCGAUCAAUGCUCCAUUCUCGGAGGCGCUCCGCGGUCUGGAAAUACAGACGCCACACGUCCUUGCUUAUGAUUGUACUUCGGACAACGCUCUUGGUAUGCCAUUCUCGUUGCAGACGCGAAUUGAGGGCCAAGGCUUAGAUCUUGUAUACCACGAGAUGAGUCGCGAUGAGAGGCUCAUCAUAGCGCACGAAUUGGCAAACAUCUUGGCGGCCAUUGAGAGGAUAAAGUUCGAGAAUCCAGGCCGACUGUGCUGCUCCGAAGCGGUUCCUCUGCGCAGAAAAAUGGAUGAUAUAGAUGAUCCAAACUCCUCAAAGAAAUUGCUCGUACAAGGGUUUGGCGUUGGCAUUGGACCUCCCGAAUCAAAAGUAGUCACUGAGACAACGUCAUCACUGCAAGAGCUUCUAAGCACGCAGUUGAAUGCCUGGUUACAGCACAAGCUUUCAGAUGAUCGCAGAUCUUUCGUGGCCGACAUGUUCCAACGAUUAAAAGACAUUUGCACACAGAUGGCAAAACUGGGAUUCUUCCAGCAGCGAGCUUCCACGAAUUUUAACGUGCUCUACCAUUGGGACUUGGAACCGCGCAACAUCAUCGUUGGAGCCAGGGUUCUCGAUCCAUAUUUGAAUACAGACGGAAAUGGCAACCUCCAUAUCACGGGCAUAUUGGACUGGGAUGACGCCUUGAGCGUCCCCGCCGCUCUCGCACGCAAACCACCAGUCUGGCUCUGGGAUUUCUCCGACGAUGAAACCCUUCCCUCAUCUAUCCUUGCACAUUACGAUGGAGACGUGGACUUGCUACCCCCAGAACUCUAUAACGAGAGCGGUACACGUCUCUCAGAAUCAGAUCUACAAGUGAAACAGUUCUUCGAGACAGCAAUCUCAGAACAGCUUUAUGGCGGUUCGGGUCCUGCGAGUCGAGAAGCCUAUCUUGAUGAUGCUUAUGGACAAGGAAGAUGGGUCCGACGACUGUGGAGAUUUGCUCGAGAUGGAUUCAGCGAUAGCCAGCAUAUCACACGAUUCAAGGAGUUUGACAGGGCUUGGUCGGACGGUAUCUCGUUCCAGUUGAUCUUGAGUCUCUCCUUGCUAUUGACUCACUGUGUUUUCGCUCGACACACCUUGCUCAAGAUCCACUACAUUGACCACCGGCUUCUCAUCCUUGCACUGUUCUUCAGUCUCUGCCUGUCCAACGUCAAUGCCAAACCUCCUGUUACCGUCUUUUUUGGUCCACCAGCCAAUGCUGAACAGAUGAUCCUUCAAAGGCACACUUUGACCCAUCUUAGUAUUGCUAAGUGCUUCCGAGCCAGGAGGUACGAGAUGCAAGAACUCAGCGCCGGCAAGCAGACUCGUUUGCGCGGCUAUACUGCAUGGGUCUUGGGGGACCAGCUGCUUGGAAUCGACGAGCCAGAGUGA